AUGGCCCAGUCUGGCGAUGUCGAGUUUUGCACUUUAGGGAUGUUCAUUCUCGACCAGAUGCUUAUAGCAACCCGAUAUGCAGAUGACAUUGAGUUUGGCGGCUCAAGACCCGACGUCAAAAAUGCGCUAGGAGGCGCUGCUUCUUUCGCUGUCUUGGGUGCCCGCCUGGUGGCAGGUCCGCAACAUGCACGGUCAGUGAGCUGGAUCGUGGAUGUUGGAUCAGACUUCCCGCCCGAGACUUUGGCGGUGAUCAAGUCCUGGGGCACAGAUUGUGUAAUCAGGGAAGACCAAGGGAGGCUGACAACGAGGGCCUGGAAUGGAUACCACCCAGAUGAGAAGCGAGGUAAGACUAGCAUAAAUAACAAGGACGCAGACUUCAAGUAUUUGACUCCGAAGCUAAGGAUAGAGCCAUCAAUGCUGUCGAAUCCUCAAAUCUGGUCACGGACAUUCCAUAUGGUCUGCUCUCCAUCCCGCUGUAUUUCCAUUGUGAAUUAUAUUUUGCAACGGCGGGAAAAGCUGCACCAGAUGAAUCAAGCUCCCUCUAGUGUGCAUGCCUUGGAUCGACCUGCUUUUGUCUGGGAGCCUGUACCAGACCUCUGCACACCGGAAGAACAGGAAAAGUUCUUUGCGGCCAAUCGAGUGGUGGACGUGGUGAGUCCGAAUCAUCUCGAGCUGGGCCUGAUGUUCGACCAACCUGGGUGGACACAGGACAGCAAGGAAGGUCAACAGCUUGUUCAGAGAAUCUUAGACUCUGGCAUUGGUCCCAAUGGCAAUGGAUGUCUCGUCAUCAGAGCAGGCAAGGACGGAAGCUUCGCCUUUUCAAGAACGCAUGGACUGUGGCUUCCUGCUUAUCAUCAACCGGAUAAUUCUGUUGCUACGGUUGUAGUAGAUCCAACCGGGGCUGGAAAUUCCUUUCUUGGUGCACUUGCUCAAGGCAUGAUCAGUACUAGCCGGGAUCCAUCCGAUAUUAUCGAGUCCACACUAGCAACAUCCCAAGCUUGGAAGAAGUCAUUGAAUGCUUGGAAGCCCCGACGAAGUCUACCAAUGGCACUUAUCUGCGCUACGGUUGCUGCCGGAUUUGUUGUGGAACAAAUUGGCGUCCCAGAGAUCUCCAUUGCUAAUGAUGGGAAAGAGUUGUGGAAUCAGUCUGAAUUCACGGAACGGGUCCGUCUGUACACGCAGCGAUUAUUUAGGACAUUGGAAGAGUCUCCCCGGAGACACCUACUGACCAAUUGA